AUGGAGGAAUAUUAUAGAACGGUCUACUCAAAAUGCAACUUAUCCGAAAGUUUCAUGGCAUCUUGGAAAGGAGUUGCAUAUCCGAAUUAUGUAUUUCAAAUUAUUGAAUUACCAUUCCAAAUUCUCGCUUUCUAUGUAAUUAUUACAAGGACCCCUCAAUGUAUGAAAAGUAUGAAGGUACCAUUAAUCGUCAAUCAUAUGUUUUGUGUUUUGCUUGCUACUUCAUUUUGCUCUUUAACUCCUUUGUAUCUAAUUCCUUCAAUGUACGGUGCUUCUACCAUUGGACUUCUUAGCUGGCUGGAAAUGCCUUUUAUAAAUCAGAUGGUGCUUACGGGAAUUUUCAGAGUUGGUGGGUUUUUCAUAGUUUAUGUAAAUACAAAGUUAGCAUACAGUUUGCUUCUAUUUUGAACUUAUUUAAAGGCUAAGUAUAAGCCUAAGCCUAAGACUAAACAUCCGCCACUCCCUACAAAACAAUCCGAAGUCAAAUAAUUCCUUUAAUUAUUUUAAGGUGCUUCAUGUUCCUACACGUAUUUAUUCGAGACUCGAAGUAGUAGUAUUUUCCAAAAUCCAUUCAGAAUUUGUCGAAGAAGAACCAAAUUGUUAUACUAUCUUUUUGUAUUUCUACCGUACCUGUGUAUUGUAUUCUUCUUUUUUGGCAUUCCAGAAGAUCAGGAAACCGCUAAACUUGAUGCAUUACCGAAGUAUCCCUGUCCUACAAUUGAGUUCUCUUUUGAUUUUCCAGUAUUGAUUGUUAUUUCUGAUGAGGAUGUCAUUAACAUUACCACAUUUUUUGCUUAAUUUAUUAUCUCUACAUAUCUCCACCGAAAACGUUAUCUGCAGAAACGAGACGGAGUCAAAAGCGGUUUUUAAUUGGCAUAACGUUUCAAUGUGCCAUUCCAUCUCUUUUUGGAGUUAAUCCAGUUCUAACAGUUUUUAUCGCAUGUCGAACAGGCUAUCAUUCUCAGGAGCUAGUAAACUUUAUGGCCGAUUGUGGUGGGCUUCACGGGCUUGGAAAAAGUUUAUCCAUUUUACUAGUGCACAAGCCGUAUCGGAAAUUUUUCUUGCGGGUAGUUUGCAACGGGAAGCCUAAGAGUGAUUUUUUUGGAUAUUAAAAAAAAGGUUAAUUUAUUCCAGAAUCCACAACAUCGAUUCAAAUUUCUCCUGGACAGUGGUCGGGAAUGCACACUGAAAACGCUGAUAGAAGAAUAGAUAGAAUAAGUGAAUUUUAA